AUGGUGGUUAUAGGCAUGGGCGCGCUUUACGUACAUUCCAGGCCUAAGCAGAAAAACAGGUCAUCAUUUUUUUACUCAUGGACAGUAUCUUCGGGUAUAACUAUGUUCCUAAUAUUUGAAUUUGGUGUGUUAGGUUAUUAUCAAAUAACACGAAAUGAACAUUUCAUAUUAUUAUUAUUACUGGCCAGUACUUGCUAUUUUUUUUACAAAAUGAAAACUGUGGCUGACUUUGAACUAGCAACGGGCUCUUCAAAGGGGAAAGAGUACAGUCCUGUCCUGACUUCUGAUUCUCAUUACUGCCAAAUAUGUCAAAUUGAAGUUAAUGAGAGAUUCUUUCACUCUAUAUGGUGGGAUUGCUGUGUGUUGAGACCUAACUACAUUUAUUUCCUCGCAGGCCAACUGUGUGCAUUUGUUACAACCCUCUUUGGAUCCAUUAUAUCCUUAACAACAGUUUGUCAACCAGUCAUAUUUUUUGGUGUCUUACUUGUUCCUGAGAACUGUGAUUAUGUUUAUGACACAUAUAGUGAUGCAAUAUCCUUUGUCGCCUGUGUAUAUGCUGUUGGGUACUUAUUUGUUAUCACACUGGUUUUAAUUAAACAACUUCUAGUCUACAUACCAAAAUACAGUGAACCGCAAUGGAGGAAAUUAGUGAAUAUACUAAAUGUAUGA